ACUUGAUUUUAUAUAGUUGGGAUAUGGGGACUAGCCCCACCUGUGCAAUAAGAUGCUCGCUAUCGCUCUCACUUCAGCACCCGACUAUAUGUUUUGCAGAGAUCAAGGUUCACUAUCGCUGGCCUUGACCGACGCGAAGCGCGGAGAAUAGGCAAUAGUACUGAAGCGCGGAGAAUAGGCAAUAGUACUGAAAACUUUGGAGACGAAUAUCUCGAACGCAUAUACAGAUAUCGCGGUUAAUAUGGAGAUUAUUGCGUAGUCUCAUCCUCCGAAGCUUUUUGCUUGACCAUACGAAAUUACUCGCGGAAAGAGAGGGAAAUGCCUUCCGGUGUCUUUUAACUUAAGUCUAGGGAUCAGUAAUAUUGAAAUAAAAAUUAACAUAAAAUUGAAAUAUGGAAAAAUUAUUACAAGAAAACAUGAUUUACAAUGAACUUGGAAAUACUGGAAUGAAAGUAUCUCUAUUGAGUUUUGGAGGUUCUCAACUUGUAAAUAAUACUAAUGAAGAAGAAGCAAUAGAAACUGUACAUGAAGCUCUCUGCUGUGGUAUUAAUUAUAUUGAUACUGCUCCCUGGUAUGGAUUUGGAAAAGCUGAAGUUAUACUUGGAAAAGCAUUGAGGGAUGUACCACGUGAGUCAUAUUAUUUAGCAACAAAAGUUGGACGUUAUUUACCACAGAAAGAAUACAUGUUUGAUUUUUCAUAUAAACGCACUCUUUUGAGUGUUGAGGAGAGUUUAAAGAGAAUUGGUGUUGAUUAUUUUGAUGUUAUCCAGGUUCAUGAUUUAGAAUUUGCUUCCAAUCCAGAAAUAAUUAUAAAUGAAACUUUACCAGCUCUCCAGAAAAUUAAAGCAGCUGGAAAAGCUAAAUUUAUAGGAGUUACAGGAUAUUCUCUUCAAGCUUUACAAACUGUUUUAGAUAAAAGCAAAAUACACAUUGACACAGUUUUAUCAUAUUGUCGUUGCACACCCUUUGAUCAGUCAUUAUUAGAAUACUUACCUUACUUCAAGGCAAAGAAUCUUGGAAUUAUAAAUGCAGGUAUUUUAGGCAUGGGAUUAUUGACAAACAGAGAAAUUCCUAACUGGCAUCCAGUUAUAGAACCAAUUAAAAUUUCUUGUAGAAAUGCUGCUUUAUACUGCCAGGAAAUAGGGAUUGACAUUGCAAAACUUGCAGCUCAAUAUGCAUUUAAUGUACCAAAUAUUGAUACUCAUCUAAUUGGAAUGUCUAAGCUAAGAGACUUAAGAAACAAUUUGACUACAUUAAACAAUAAACCAACUUCUGAUGAAGAAGAUGCAUUGAAAGAAAUAAUAGAUCGGUUUUUUAAACCAUUAAAGCAAACUCAUUGGGAGAACGUUGAGGUAGAAAGAUAUCGAAAAGCAUUGAAGGAGAAAUCGUAGAAUGCAUAUUUGAUCAUUUGCAAACAUAAGUGACAAUAAUGAUUAAGAGUAAAAAAUUUUUAUAAUCACCAAUUAAGUAUGCUUAAUUACAUUUUUUCUUGAGAUAUUAAAGUGUUUUCACUUUCAAUUGCUU